AUGCCACCCCAAAACACAGACCUCCCAGCCCUCGCCCACCGCCUCCUCACCUCGGGCCCGCACCGCACCCUCCCCGUCCCCGGCCGCCGCAUCCGCAUCCAGCUCAACGACACCUUCAUCGCCGACACGACCGCCGCGCUGCUCGUCUGGGAACACCCCUACUACCCCUUCUACUACGUGCCGCUGACCGCGCUGCGCGAGGGCUGCUUCCGCACGCUGCAGCGCGUGGCGGCUACCAUGGCGAGGGUGCUGGAAGUGCGCGUGGGAGAACGGGCAACGGCGCGCGUGCUGGCGUUCGAUGCGGCGGGGACGCAGGGCAUAGCAAAGCCGCUGCACGGCAUGGUAAGAGUCGAGUUCGCCGCCGCCGACGCCUGGUUCGUCGAGGACGAGCAGAUCCACAUCCACCCCAAGGACCCGUUCAAGCGCGUCGAGUGCGUGCGCUCCGGGCGGGACGUCGUCGUCUCCCUGCACAACACCGUCCUUGCCCGCUCUUCUGCUGGUGGGGCCGGCGCAGUGCACCUCUACGAGACCGGCCUGCCAACUCGUUUCUACCUCCCGCUUACUGCUGUCAGCGAGGGCGUGCGCCUUCGCCCCAGUGAGACGGUCACCAGCUGCCCGUACAAGGGCGACGCGAACUACUACGACGUUGUUGUGGGGGACCAGACGCACAAGGACCUGGUCUGGUGGUACAAGUGCCCGACGGUCGAGUGCGCGGCUGUGGCCGGGUUGGUGUGCUUUUAUAAUGAGAAGGUCGAUAUUGAGGUUGGUGGCGUGAGGUUGGAGAGGCCGGUUACGCCGUUUUCGUAG